AUGGUCUUAGGGUGCCUUUCGCUGUUUCUCUGGUCAUAUAGUGACUCUCUCGCCACACUCAUUCUAUUCGUCUGUGUCUAUGGAUUCUGUGCGAGUAGCGUUACUGCCCUUCCACUGUCGGUAAUUGGGCAGAUCACCCCAGACGAUCGGCUGGGUUCUCGCAUGGGAGCAUUUUACAGCGUCAUCGCCAUCGCCAGCCUCGUGGGUACACCGGUUGGUGGCGCGCUCAUUACGGAUGCUGGGACGAAGGAAGGGUACCGGUGGUUGAUUGUUUUCUCAGUGAGUCGAGAUGGGAAAUGA